GGACUGGGGGUGUGUGGUACGGACUGAAAUUACUUGCUACUGCUAGUCCUUUGUAAGGACCUGCGACGGUUUUAGAACCUCGGUGAUCUUGCUAGCUUGUUGAACAAAUUUGAUUUUGCAAAGAUGCAAGGGAACAGGGGUCCGCGCGGUGAUCAGUCUGGCCCUAUAGACCAGAAAAAACCCGGACCUUCUAACAGCAAUGGACAGCAUGCAGAGCUAUCCAACGAGGAGCGAAGUCAUAAUGCUGGUUUGACUAUAGAUCUACAGAACUUCAGGAAACCUGGGGAGAAGGCUUAUACUCAGCGCAGUCGUUUGUUCGUUGGGAAUUUACCGACUGGGGUUACGGAACAAGAGGUGGAGAAGUUGUUUUCCAAGUACGGAAAGGCCUCUGAAAUUUUCAUCAAUAAAGACAGGGGCUUCGGGUUUAUUAGACUGGAGACCAAAACGGUGGCAGAUAUCGCCAAAGCCGAGCUUGAUGACACCCAAUUCAGAGGUAGGCAGCUGCGAGUGAGAUUUGCGACGCACGGAGCGGCUCUCACUGUGAAAAACCUGCCACAGUUUGUAUCCAACGAGCUCCUGGAAGAAGCGUUCUCCGUCUUCGGCCAGGUGGAGAGGGCCAUAGUAAUAGUAGACGAUAGAGGAAGACCCACAGGAAAAGGGAUUGUGGAAUUUACUGGGAAGCCAGGUGCAAGGAAGGCUCUGGACCGCUGUGCCGAUGGGGCAUUUCUCCUGACUGCAUUUCCUAGACCGGUGACAGUGGAGCCAAUGGAUCAGUUUGAUGAGGAUGAGGGCUUGCCAGAGAAGCUUGUGAGCAAAAACCAGCAGUUUCACAAGGAGAGAGAGCAACCUCCGCGUUUUGCCCAGCCGGGGUCAUUUGAGUUUGAGUACGCCAUGCGCUGGAAGGCCCUGAUGGAGAUGGAGAAGCAGCAGUAUGAGCAGGUGGACCGCAACAUCAAGGAGGCCCAGGAGAAGCUGGAGGCAGAAAUGGAAGCCGCCAGGCAUGAACACCAGGUCAUGCUGAUGAGGCAGGACCUGCUGAGGCGCCAGGAGGAGCUGAGGAGGAUGGAGGAGCAGCACAACCAGGAGCUGCAGAAGAGGAAGCAGAUGGAGAUCCGUCAGGAGGAGGAGCGGCGCCGGAGGGAGGAGGACAUGAGGCUCCAUGGAGAGGAAGUCCGGCGCAGGCAAGAGGGCUUCAAGGGGAACUUUCCAGAAAACAGGGAGCAGGAGAUGAGGAUGCACAUGACUGGACAGGGAAUGCCAAACAGAAACUCACUGGGCGGGAACCCCGUUCCUGCAGGAGCUCCUAACCUGCCGGCCGAGAACGCCCCACUGAUGGGCCAGGGGCCGGGGGGGCCGGGGAACAGCAACAUGCCUGGGGGGGUCCAGCCUGGCUUCCCAAGGGGCCCACCAGGCCCGGCUGAUUUUGGUCUUAACAAGCGACGCAGGUUCUAAGGGUCCGCUUUAUCAUACAGUUUUCAUGUACCUGGCUGCAUUUUAAAGGUCAUGCAUUAAAGGUGUCUUUUUAUUAACUAUGGAAAUUGUCAGGAUUUUUGGAGACUUUUUUGUUUUAAUGUAGGGAAUAUCAUUGUCAUUGCUCAUUUUUUAUUUUUGUGAGUUUCUUUAGAUUUUUGUUGUUGUUGCAUUUUCUAAUGGAAAUUGCUUCUGUACAGGCUUUACUUUUCUAUCCCUCAAAACAAUGUACUUUUAUAUAGAAAUAGUGAACGUUCUUUUUUUUUUUUUAAUUGUCAGUCUUUCUGAACUUUGAAUAAAAUCUAAAAGUCA